GAUACGUAAUGUUAGUGGGAAGUAAUCUACACCUAUUGUGUUAAAAAAUACAAAAUAAAAUAGUUUAAUAUGAACGAAAGUGAUGAAUUAAAUGGCAAACGAAAUAUUGUUGAUCUUAUUACAUAUUUUGAUAGUAUUUCUUGUGAAAUUGAUGCAGGAAAAUUAAGGAAUACUAAAGCUAAUUGGACAUAUAUUAAUAAGAACGUAUGCCAAAAAAAUUCUUUUAAGAAAAUAUGUAAAUCUUCCAAAAUAAUUGAAGAACUUUUAAACACCGAAGAAACUUACUUUCAAACUUUACGACAUAUAAUUGGGAGUUAUAUUUUUUAUUUCAAACAAGAAUUAAAUGAAAAUAUAUUUAAAACAUUAGAAGAAUUAGGAAGGCACCAAGUAACUUUUUAUGUGGAUCUUUUAGAUAAUCGAAAAGACGCUGAAAAAAUAGCACAAUGUUUUUUGAAACAUAAACAAUUAUUUUAUUAUUACAAAAUUUAUAUUAGUGAAAUGUACGAUUUAUUUAAUACACUUUCUACUAAAUACAAGAAAUUAGUUGAGGUGAGAAGAAAACAAUUGGGCGACAGUUUCCGUUUAGUAGAUCAACUCUUAACUCCAUUUCAAAGAUUAACAAGAUACAUUUUAAUCCUUAGAAAACUUUUGCAACAACAAACAAACUCAGACAAUAAAAUUCUUAUAGAAUCGAUAAAUUACUUGGAAAGUAUAGCAACUGAAUUAAAUCUAUCGAGUUGAUAAGAAAUUUUGUAAACAUUUGUUAAAUACUUGUUCAGUUAAGAUGUGCCAUCUGUGAAUCGAUAGAUGGACGUUAAGAAAUAUAUCUAGUCUUCUUAUUAUAGACACCUUGAAGUUUUUUGUUAAACUGUAAUCUAGAAAUGGACGGAAACGAGACGAGUUUGAAUUUCAGAAUUAACUUAACUUAAAUUUAAUAAGAAGAUAUUAUGUAGAGGUUAUUUCUUUUCUAUAUAAUUUAUGAUUGUGAUUAAAGGAAAUGUAUUUAAA